CAAUAAGAGAGGAAAGAAAGACGAUCUUCCCUCUUCCUCUCUAAAUAAACAAUGCCCCUCGUUCCAGAAGAGUUGAGGCACAAAAAAAUCUUCUUGGUUGAAAAAAAAAAACAAGAAGGUGUGUAAUUCGCAAAUGUCGCGCUUAAUUGAAAUCUCAUGCGAAUCAAAAGUGCAAAACGCAUUAAGAUGCCGAACAUGCCGCUUCCUCGUGCGAUGUUGAGUCUGGCAAAAGCAUAAUAAAAUACACGAAAUAUGUACAAGUGAGUCACCCCUCGGUGUAUGUGCUGGGACUCCACCGCAUGCAGCAAGCAACUCAAAGCCAGAGCUCUCACAUCAUUCAGUGCCGAGACACCGGACGGAUCGCAAGGUGUUUGCGCGCGUAUGGAGUCUGCUGUGGAUUUCGACGAGAUCUUGAAGGUUUUUUUGGAGUGUUUUUAACAAAAAAAAAAAAAAACUUAGUUCAUGAUUGAAUUUAAUUGCUCAUCAAAGUGAUUUUUUGUGUGUGUGUGCAUUGAGAUUGCGUCACUACUUUGGGGUGCAGUGUGCGAAGCAAUUACCGGUGUGUGACCGACCGUAGGUGCUUUUAGAAGGUGGAGGAGGAACAAUUGAAACAAUAUAUUGCACGAAAGCUCACAAAUUGAAGGUCAAAACGCGAUAUAUGGAGCCCAAUGUGCGCUAAAACUCUGGAGAUUGUCGAAAAACGCGCGCGCACGCCAAAAGCUCUUGUGCGACAAUCAAACCACAGACUUCCUGGACCAUAAAUUUUACUUAACAAAAAGUUUUUUUUCUUCAUUUAAGAAAAUUUUGUGCCAAGAAUUUUUUUGCUGAUUAUUUUAGAGUGGAUUUUUCCUGGACAUGUGUGGUCCGCUUAUGAAAGUGAUUGAAGUGUUCAGUAAAUAACAAUUCAAAAAGCAAUAUUUUGCGAAGAAGAAGAAUAUUUUUUUUUGUUAUCAAAAGUGCUAUCGAGAUAGCUUAUUAAGUUCCAUUUGGAGUGUCUCUUUAGCCCUUAUCACACGCAAAUACUUCCUUAUUGAGAUUCACGUAGAAGAAGAAAAAAGUGCUGCGAGAAUUUUUCUUUUAAAGUAACCCCGUGCCAAAUGAACUGAAAAAGCAUUUUUUUGCAUAAAAACAAUGCUGGACAAUUUUGAAUCGAAAAUUACGUUUGAAAUUCCAACGAAUUUGGACUUCCAAACAUUGGCAAUGUCCAAUAACUACACAGUCCUCCUCACCGGUGUGGGUGAGAUGGAUCUCACAUCAUCCAUUGGGGAUACAGCAACGAGUUUAAGUGGAACACGUGGUGGCCUACCGAGGGAUGGCCUGUUGACGGGUGAUGCGGAAUACGACAGAUUCAUCGGGGACGUGUGGGUGGGAAUCCUUCUCACCCUUAUGAUUGUCUCGUCAAUCUUCUGCAUGUGUGCCUGCUUCCUCUACCAUAAAUUUCUUCAGUGGAAAACAAGCUUACACCAAAGCCACCAAAGUGGAAAUGAUAAUCUGGAAGCUGGCUUACAUCACUUCGACAGUGACUCCCUGCCAAGCUAUACGCUCGUAUCGGGGCUACCUAGCUACGAUGACGCCAUAGAGUCUUUUCGCUACCCCAACACAGCGUCAACGACGCGUCCUUCCAUCAUUAAGCUUUUUGCCUUCGAACCCAAUCCCGAGGGUACAAAAGUUGUCGACUAUGGACCCCACAAGGACUACCGUAGCGUAAUGGAGGAAGCACCCAGCUACGAUGAUGCCGUUACGCAUCAGGCAGCACGGAAAGUGUUGCAGUGUCGCGUACCGAGCUACGAGGAAGCCACCAGGGCACCUAGGCUAUGCGUGAACCUCCCGCGAUCACUCAUUGCAAAUCGCGAAUUGGCACAGCUGCACAAAGUCCCCUCAGCGGGGGAUGUUAGCGGUGGCAGUAGUGAUGGGGGUGGGUCCCCAACGCGCCAUAGUAGCCUCCCACGCAAUUUUAGUCGUCAGCUGGGUCUGUGACUGUCAACUGUGAUACCACCACCGUGUAGCAAUAGUGUGUCCCUCCGCAAUGCAAAGACUCGGAGACCGGCCUGAAAACAAUCUUCACGUAAAUGGAAAACUGCGCGCAACGGACGUGCAGCGAGCAACGGAAGAUUAAAUGCUGUGACUUUUUACCAUGUAGUAGCAAUUGAGAGCUACAAGACGAUAUUUUUUAUUUAAUUUUAGUGGAAUUUUUCCGAUAAAAAAUAAACUUUAUAUAAAAAUAUUAAAAUAAAGAUUGAUCAUUUAGUACGAUUUUCAAAAUGCAAAAUCUCCCCCAAAAAUUAAAAAUUGGUGCUCACGUGGAUUGAGGAGAGUUCGAGACAGAUAAUUUUUCCUCUGUACGAAGUCAAAAAUAGUCAAUAAAAUGUAUUUUUAAAGAA